CAUCACAGAGCCCCGCACAAAUCCAUCGUACCCAGAAAAUGGCAUGAGUAUCUGUUGACAUUUACUUCGACGCCCGAUAAGGUGGUGGCUCGACCCGAUGCUCUUUCUCAUAGUUUCUGUCUUGUUAGUGAACAUGAGCACUGCUGGGCCGUGGCUCCAUUACAGAAGAGAACGAGACUGGAACCAUGGAGAAAAAGAAGACUUUGAUUCGGAAACGAAAACAGUUAUACGCUAUGUUGAGCAAUCAAUGGAGGGAUAUCAAGACAGGGAAAAAAGCAUCAUGUCAUGGGAGUGUCAAUCUGUAACCCAUACACCCGAGAACACGCCACCGGACAGACCGUUGUGUUGUUAUUCGUUGGAAGGAGGUCGGUCGCUGUGCUAGCAGUAUUCGUGGCGCAGCAAUAUCGUGCUUGUGCAAAUAGCGGGAAAAGCGUAAACGCUAGUUCUCACAUCACAGUGCAGAUACAGCAGUCGCAUUCUUCGUCACCGCAAUCACACCCGAAGCAAGGCUU